AUGCGCUGCGGUGAAGAAUUUGCCGUUAUCGAAUUCGACGACGGCGAGUGCGUUAUCUGCAUCCUGGAAUUGGGCAAGGUCUUUGAAUUUGACAAUAGUGCCGAUUGCAAAGACCUUCUUCACCUUGUCCUGAUCGCCAAUCUGCAGCAGCCAUCUAGCAGCGUCAAUGUCGUGGAUGCCAGCGUCAAGGAAGAUGCCUCCCGAUUUGGCUGCGUAUUUCAUAAACUUAUCGGCGGCUGUAUAUGGCCGUCAACUGAUGUCCUCGGUACUGUAACACUCCUGAAGAUGUGA